UCACACGCCAAGCAAUUCAAUCAUUCAUAGAAACCUAGUUGUUACGGACGAUUUUUGUUUGCCUCAGACAAGAAGCAUACAAUCAACCGAGGAUUAGCAACUAACUUGUUCAUCAAUUCAAACUUCAAAGCAUAGAAAAAGGAAACAACAAUAAAGAACGAAAGAACUAUGGACGAGUAUCAGGAGAUGGAGGGGUUUGGGAUGGACAACGAUUUCGAGGACGGUCAGUGGAUUGGUGCAGAAUUCUACUACCGCAAGCGCAAGGACAAGCAUUUACAGACCAAAGACGAUGUCCUCUACGGCGUUUUCGCCUCUGAUUCCGACUCCGACGAUGAUGAUUACCAGAGAGGCAAGAAGCAACGCAGGAAAGACUCCAAGAAAGCCUACGACCUCACCAAGCCCGUCAAUUUCGUCUCCACCGGCACUGUCAUGCCCGACCAGGAGAUAGACCGCAAUUCCAAAGAGGAAUUAGACAAUGCAGAGUCUGUCCCCAUGGAGGAGGAUGAGGAGGAGGACCCUAAGCCAUCCGGUUUGGGUUUUGGGUCAACUAACUUGGGUUCUUCUGGCCUGGGGUUUCAUUUGGGAAAGUCUUCGAAGAAGAAGAGCCAAAGUGGGAAUGCAGAUGAUGAUGAUGAGGACAAUGAAUUUCUCCCCACGGCUUUCGGCAGGAAGAUCAAGGAGGGUGCCCAGCAGCGGCGUGACAAAGAAAGGGAAAAAGCCAAACUUGCCAAGAAAUCUCAGGUGGGGACUGGGAGGAAGGAGGCAGAGUUGGGUGACGUUGGCAGAUUCGAGAAGCAUACAAAAGGGAUUGGACUGAAGCUUCUUGAGAAGAUGGGCUACAAGGGAGGCGGUCUUGGGAAGAAUGAGCAGGGGAUUGUUUCUCCCAUUGAGGCCAAGCUGCGGCCGAAGAAUAUGGGUAUGGGUUUUAAUGAUUACAAAGAGACCACAAAAUCGCCCGCAUUACAGGAAUUAGAGGAGAAGAAAACUCUGCCUCAGGUGGCUCAGUCUGUGGAGGGCCGCUCAAAAGAGAAGCGGUGGUCAAAGCAAGCUCGGCACAAGAGGAAGGAUAAAUAUCUUACGGCUGAAGAGUUGUUGGUCAGGAAGCAAGAGCAAAGCCUUGAAGUUGUUCAUAAAGUGUUCGAUAUGAGGGGUCCUCAGGUUCGCAUCUUAACGAACUUGGAGAACUUGAAUGCAGAGGAGAAAGCAAGGGAAAAUGACAUCCCCAUGCCUGAGCUUCAGCAUAAUGUUAGACUGGUUGUGGACUUAGCUGAGUUGGAUAUACAGAAAAUAGACCGGGAUUUGAGAAACGAGAGGGAGACGGUGGUUGCUUUACAAAAGGAGAAGGAGAAGAUCCAAAUUGAGGCAGCCCGCCAGAAGGAACAGCUGGAUAGUAUGGAAGAAAUAGUAAGCAUUUUGGACAGGAUAGGCGAGGAGAACUCAUUGGGAACAUUGACUCUAGACUCACUUGCAAAGUCAUUUAAGGACUUGCAGAGGAAAUAUGCUGAUAAUUACAAACUCUGUAACCUUUCUUGCAUUGCCUGCUCAUAUGCCGUGCCUUUAUUUAUUAGAGUAUUUCAAGGAUGGGACCCUCUUCAGAAUCCAUCACACGGGUUGGAAGUGAUAUCCUUGUGGAAGAAUCUGUUGCAAGGGGAGGAUAUUUUUGAUAUCUCAGAUGUGGCGUCACCAUAUACUCAGCUGUUUAUGGAAGUUGUCUUUCCUGCUGUGAGGAUAUAUGGCACCAAUACUUGGCAGGCAAGGGACCCUGAACCAAUGCUUCGCUUUUUGGAAUGUUGGGAAAAGCUGCUGCCCCCUUCAGCUUUUCAAACCAUACUGGACAACAUUGUGAUGCCGAAAUUAUCAGCUGCUGUGGACUCAUGGGACCCGCGCCAGGAAACUAUUCCAAUUCAUGCUUGGAUGCAUCCAUGGCUACCCUUGUUGGGACAGAAGUUGGAGACCUUCUAUCGAACAAUACGAAAUAGAUUGGAAAGUGUUCUUCAUGCUUGGCACCCCAGUGAUAUGUCUGCUUAUUAUAUACUGUCACCUUGGAAGACUGUGUUUGACCCAGCCAGUUGGGAACAACUAAUGGUUCGAUACAUUCUUCCAAAAUUGUUGGCUGUCAUGCAAGAUUUCCAAGUAAACCCAGCAAAUCAGAAACUUGAUCAGUUCUAUUGGGUCCGGACUUGGGUUACUGUUAUUCCCAUUCAUCACAUGCUUCGGUUAAUGGAUGUAUUCUUUGAUAAGUGGCAACAAGUUUUGUAUCAUUGGUUGUGCUCAAACCCAAAUUUUGAAGAAGUGACCCAAUGGUUUAAGGGUUGGAAGGACCUUCUCCCUGUGGAACUUCAGGCACAUCAACACAUUCGGCAUCGGCUUAAUCUGGGUCUUGGCAUGAUGAACCAGGCUGUUGAAGGCAUGGAAGUGGUACAACCUGGUUUGAGGGAGAACAUUAGCUAUUUUAGCGUGCUUGAGCAAAGACAAUUGGAGGCUCAGCAAAGAGCAGCAGGCCAGGCUCACCAACGAGCUGCUGCAAACCUGGGUAGUGCAGCCCAGAUGGAAGGUUCGGGUGGUGGACUUGAGAUGAGCAUGAAAGAAGUCAUUGAAGUCCAUGCACUGCAGAAUGGGUUGCUAUUUAAGCCUAAACCUGGUAGAAUGCAAGAUGGUCAUCAGAUCUAUGGCUUUGGUAACAUAAGCAUAAUAAUAGACUCUCUAAAUCAAUUGGUAUAUGCACAAAAUGAGGACAAGUGGUCUCUGGUGUCCCUUGAUCAACUGCUGGAUAUGCACAAUUCUUCUGGUUCAAAGCGGCGUUGAGUUACUGAAUAUCUUAUCGUUCUUAUGGGGAGAAAAAAUAACUCCAAAUGAUACUAAGCAGAUUUCAGCUUCAUAUUCUCUAUGCAUCAUAAGAGAUACUAUUGGUAGCUCAAGGUUAGCUUGUUCUGAACUUUCAGUUUCUCUUGUGGCUUUGGAGCUCUUGUAACUUGUGACAGUGGCUUUGCUGACUUGUUUUCUAUCACAUAACUUAGAUCAACAUCAGUUUUAUUUUUAGUUACAUUUUCUUUUCAUUACACAAUUUGCAAUGCAGAAUUUUGUUGGCAUUUUGUAUCCAGAAGCUGAAUUUAGUGUCUAAAUGUCUUAGAAUUGUUUGAAUUGUUCUUAACGUUUCUAUUGUGGCCUAAAAGGUAGUCUUGGAUUUAAAAGAAUUAUUAUUUUGGAA